AUGUUAUUCAUUAAUAGAUCUCAUCCUGUAAAUAUCAGAGAUCUUGUUGAUAUAAUUUAUGAUACAUUAGAAUAUCUACAUGAUAUGCUAAUACAAAAUAAUGCAUCAUAUAUAAUAUUUGAUGGUACCGAUUUAGGUACUGAACGACAUGGUGGUCUCGUUUUAAGUAAAUCUCAUGCAUAUAAUCAAUAUUCAUUUUCAUUUGUUGAUAUAGUUGUAUUAAAUGACAGAGGUUCAAAUUAUAAAUAUUCAAGUAAUGAAGCACGUAUUUAUUGGCCUCCGAUGCUAUUAUCAUAUGGUUGUUUUGAUCGUUUUGUUGAUGUUCAAUUUGGUCAUUUAACACUUCGUAUUUUAUCAACAAAUGAUAUGAAACAACAUUUAAAUGAUAAUUGUGGAAAAGAUUGGCCUUAUGUUGCAUGA